AUGGUUCUCACCAUAUCUGCCCUCCUGGCGAUGGUUUGCCAUGGCACCGCCGCGCCUGAUCCCCAGUAUCAGAAGCCCAACGACGUCGUCGCCGUUGAGGAGAGCAGCGCCAGUAACCAGUGCCGUGACAGCUCUUUCUCCUACCUCGGCGACACGGACAAGAUGGUCCCCAUCGCAGACUGCAACAACCUCCUGGCCCUGUGGGAUCCGGGCCACUUCACCUACCAGCUGUCAUGCUGGGAGAACUCGACGGCCCUGGCGGACCACUUCUUCGUGCUGGCGGCGAACGGCAGCUGCGAGUUUGCAAUAAAGAGCAUCGACGGCCUUGAUAACACCAUCAUGCUUGGAGACCAGGACAUGAAGGAUCUUGUCCACACUUCUAUCGCCAGCUCGCGCGAUGGCGUCACCUUUGAGACGGUCGAGGGACAGAUGAAUUGCAACUCGGACGUUGCCAACAAUGGCGAAAGCAAUUUUGAGUGGACUAUAAGGACCCCUGGUAGUGUCAACUAG